AUGCAGCCGUCCAUCACACGCAGUGUCCGUUUGCUGGGGAUGCGCGGCUUCGCUAGCCACACAAAGCCGCACGUCUACAUGCCGGAGACUGCCAUGCUGACCAACAACGGCACGCACGAGUUCAAGCGCAAAGGAUGGGAGUAUUCCGCCUAUCUGGGCAUGCUCGGUGGUCCUAUUAUACUCUUUCUGGGCCUCACGAACGCCCCUGAGACGGACUCGGACGUUUUGGCCAGAGAGGAGGUGAUUGCCAAGCGAGCAGGGAUCGAGUACCUCGUGCGGCGUGCCAGUGGUGGAGCUAUGAGACAACGGUACAUUUACAAGACGAGCGAGGUUGGCGAGCCGCCGGUGCUUCACGAGGAUGACUGA